ACGGCGGGGGAGAGCCCCACAUAACCGCCAGGCCUCCCCCAGGGCCUGGGGUAUGCGGUAACGCAUUUCCCCUCCGUCAACAAAAAAAAAAAGGGCACGAAAUCAGAAAUGCGAUUGAGAGGUGAAAGCAUUCUUGAGCUCUCUCGGAGAUUGGUAGAGUUGCGUAAACACAUUCCAUGGAAAUUUGCUCGCAAACCAGUUGGACUGGAGCAAUUAGAAAAAUGGAAGGGAACCCAGUUGAGUUUUUUCCUGCUCUAUAUAGUACUGAAAGAUGUUGUGGCUGAAACUCUCUACAAAUUAUUUCUAAUACUCCAAAUAGCAAUUACGAUAUUUUCUGUACAGAAAUUUAUCGAUGAUGAUAAUUUUUUUUCAUUUGCUAGAGAUCUUAUAACUCAAUUUAUCAUCUUAUCUUCUAAUAAAGGGGUAUUUGAAGAAAAAUUUUGUGUUUACAAUGUUCAUGGGUUGUUGCAUCUCCAUGAGGAUGUAAAGAGGUAUGGAGAAAUCUCAAAUAUAAGUGCGUUUCCGUUUGAAAGCUAUUUGGGAAUAUUCAAACAGAUGCUAAGAUCUCCAACCAAGCCAACCCAACAACUAUUGCGUAGACUAGCUGAAAGAAAUUUUUUAAAUGAUUUUUCUGAGAGGACAGCUGAUUUCCAGUCUCAUGUGAUACCUAAGAAUGCUGUGCAUGGCACCAAUAAUUAUAAUACAUUGACAUCAUCUCUGUUUACUUUAAGUUCAGUUCACAGGCGAGAUAGCUAUUUCCAGUACAAAGGAGGUGUUGCCUCUGUGUGCUCUAUCCAGAAGUUGGAAAGUGGUGAUGUUGUGAUAGUUGCCAAUAUUUGUGAUACAAACCAAAACUUUUUUAUCCAUGUAAGUCUAGUUACUUAUAAUCUAAGUCUAGUUACUUAUAAAUAAGUUCGGAACUUAUAAUCUGGGUGAUAUGAAAUGGACUCAAAGAAAUGUUGUCAUCCUAGUUGAUGCAGUAACAACCAAGUAUGUUGUUCUGCCUUACAAGAAUGACAAUAUUGCCAUCCCUUUACUGCAUUUAUUUUAAACAAACUCACAGAUUAUGUUAUAUAUCUAUUUUUCUUUCUAUCAGUUUAUGUGUCUAUCUAUCUCUCUAUCUAUGAAACAAGUAUUGCUAUUUUGGCUUGGUUCAAACUGAUAGAUUUCUACAGAAAAUAGAAUAAGUUAAGAAAAAACAUUAUUCAAUUAGUGAUGGACAUGAUUAGAAAUGACAUUCACAUUUUUUAGUUGUAUCUUUUUUCAGAAUACUUGGUCUUAAAACCAAUUCUUUUAACUGAUUUUGUACCUUGUAUGUGCUGCCUAAAAAAUCCAAUGAUUUGCUGAGCAAUCGUAUAUCUUCCCAUUAGAAUGCUUCAUUUUAUGAAAGUCGGCACACAGAAGAAUGGUACCUUGUUAUAUGAUUAACCUUGUUUGUUGUAACAGACAAAAUCUUUGGCCUUGCAAACCAGAAAUAACUGUACUACUUGUACUAAUUAAAAUCUUUUUUUUAUUACUUUACCUGAGCUACCUGUGGUUGUAUGGUUCUAACUUCUAUCUCAGUUUUACUGGUUGAAAUGCUUGAGAUUAUUGUCAUUGGUACGGAGAUCAAGGUAUCUCAUAUUAAAAUUAUUUUUCAACGAGAUAAUAAUAUUAGGUCACCACUGCAUCGAUUAAUAUUUUUGUUGAUUUUGUUUUGUAUAAUUUUUUCAGCUUUUUUUGGCGUAUAGUACUAUUUUAUUUUUACUUAAGUCAUGCACACACUUAAUAUUUUUAUUAAUAAUGUUAAUAAUGAAGUUUGCUUGCUGUUUCUUUAUAAAACUGGCAUGCAAAUGUUGAGAAAAAUAUUUGAUACUGUUGGUUACUAUAGUGAGUUGAUGUAUGCUCCUCCUUGAGGUGAUGAUUCCUUCUUAAUGUUUAUAUUUUUCUAGAAAAGAAGUAUGCAAUUGCGGACCUUGAGGUUACUCUUGGUGACGAUAAACAUUUGGAUGUGUGCGUAAUAGCGUACAAUUGGAUGAGUGAAGAUGGAGAAAAUUGCCUUUAUCCUACUUAUUUAGCCCCUAAAAAACAAGCCAUUGCGACCAAGAAAUGCAUGGAGCCGACUGCCAAAUUCAACACCUAUCCGGCUACUAUUCGUGCUUGGUUUGUGACAUAUGAGGAAGCAAGGAGGAAGCUGGAACGGGCUGUUGAGAAAACUAACCUAGAAUCUGAUGCAGAUAGAGACAAGGCAAAUCGAGGUUUUCGCAAAAAAAAACAAUUAACAGAUUUGUCAUGGUCCAAAGAUGAAGGUGAUGAAAAUCCGACAAAAGUGGGGAAGUCUGAACCUGCUUCACAGAAGGGCAUUAAUCUUACUUUGCCAACAUUUACUUUCUCGACUGCACUAAAAGAAUUACUAUUAUUACUACAUUAUUUUUGUUCUGAUAGAGGAUUCUAGGAAAAUCAGUGAUGGUUCGACACCCUGUCUGACUGCCACAGUUAAUAAAGGCUAUUGGAGUAGUUCGUUGCGGGUCGGAUGAGAGGCGCGAUCGCCCAAUCAGAGACGGGCGAACGCUCGGCGAAUAGGAGUCCGAGACUAGCGAGAGCGGCUCAAAAGUACGCGUGUCCGACUUCCGGACUUACUUCGUGUUUGGCAGUCUACGAGAGAGCACGCGAUCAUCUUACAAGUCACUAAAGAAAAGAGAAACCGCAAAACUGAACAGUUUUUUUUUUGUAUAAGCAACGAGUUUCCGAAAUAAUAAAGUUUACUUUUCCAUUACCGUUUUGUUACAAGAGAAACACGCGAGUGAACACUUCAUUUCUCAACCUGCUCGACAAUUCUCCUCAGAGACUCUUCCCUCACAUCCAUCAAUCGUUUCCUUUAACAAAGGCUAUAAUCUACCUUCAACUGAAUCACAAAGCACCAAUGCCCAGACCAAAGAUAAGGGUUUGGAUUUCGGCUCCAUCACAAGAGACAUUACUAAGUCCCAGAUGAGCUCUACAAUCUCAUUAACACCUUCUCCUCAUGGCGCAUUAAAGACAAUGACUGCCUUACCUAACAGGCUAUUACUUAAUGUUAGCCAACCGGGCUCUAGUAAUAGCAAGAAGCAAUUAAAUCGGGGCAGCAAAACGUCUGCCAAUGUUUGUAAGUCCAAUAUCAACACUAAAAAAAAAAAAAAUUCAGCCAAAGCAAGGACAGAAGUGAUAAAGGGGAAAGCUAUAGGAAAGCUUCAAAAGUUUGCAAAAAAACAUUCCGAUGUUAGUAAACAUAAAAAUAAAAAAGAAAAUAAAGCUAUAGGAAAGCUAUAGGAAAGCUUCAAAAGUUUGCAAAAAAACAUUCCGAUGUUAGUAAACAUAAAAAUAAAAAAGAAAAUAAAGAGAGAAUGAAAAAAGAUAUUGACAAAAAUAAGAGAGUGUCUAACAAUGUUGUUUUUUCUUUUGUUAUAAUAUUAUCAAAUAUUUUUUAUUAAUUAUUUUAUAGUAACAACAGAUAAAUCUCAACGACCUAUUCUCGAAAUUGUUGACAUCAAUAAAGAAAUAGAAAACAGUGAUUCACUUGCUUCAAGUUUGUUCGAAAGUGGUAAAAGCCCCUCAAAUUCUAUUUCAAAUGCUCUUUUAACAAAUGAAAAAAAUGGUAAGUGUAAAAAAUGGUAAUGAUUGCAUUUUCCCAGUUGAAUGAACCAGCCGUUAGCAACAAUGCAGAAACCACAAAAUAUCGUGAUAGUUUUGGAUACAUUUAUUUUGAUAAUAUGCCUUGUUUCCAGGAGAUGACAUUCACAUUGAUUUUGAGGAGAUGGACCCUCAAGAAACAAGCUCCCUACGAGGUUAUGACUCUGCCUCUGAUACUUUCUGCGAGGAUGAUGCUAAAGAUUCAAAUAAUUCUUAUGAACCACAUUCAAAUGAUGAUUCAAUUAGCCGCAAAAGUCCUGAUUGUGUUGAUGAGAUGCAAAUCAGCCAAUUACCAAUGACUGAUUCGAAUUUAAGUGGAAACGAAAUCGAGGCAAUAAAUGAAACCACUAACAAAACGGCUGUUAGCAACUCUGCUAACCAGAUUGAUAAAUUUUCAGCUAUUCAGGUCAUGAAACUGCAGUAUGAGAAACUCAAUACACUUGAAAAGUCACACAUAAAGCUCCAAACGACUGUUGAAAAAAUACGCCAACUUUUAUUGAAUAGAACAGAAGUGCUCCACCAUCCAAAGAACCUCUCAAACCUCCCCUUCCCAGCAUUCGAGGAUGCUAAAACUGCUGAAGAUCUCACAAAUGGAAACCCUUCCAUAAAGGAUUAUAUUGUAAAAAAAUUAAUGUUUGCAAGCUCUGGGAAGUGUGAGAAGGAUUGCUCAAAGAAAGUUAUGGCUCUUCUUAUGACAAAUCACACAGGAACAUUCUUUAACUGGAAAGGCGGAAAAGGAAAGCAGCCAUUUGGGAGCUGGCAUUUAAAAGAAAUAGUGAUCACGGCAGUUAAAAAAUUAAGAGGAGACAAACUAGACACAGGAAAGGCAGAAGAUGGGAUAAAGGAAUGGUUGAAAGAAAGAUGUUUUAGAAAAAAAUAGUAUGAAAUAAAUUUUGUGAAAUAAAUAGCUUUUCUU